AUGCAUCGUUGUCUCCGCGUUGUGGAUAUCUUCUACUACAUCCUCGAGUUCGUCGUUCUGGAACUCUGGGACGAGGACGACCUAUGGAAAGGGUACAACAGCUACUGGGUGGGCAAUCCUACGCUCGCGGCCUUAGCCCGAACGUGCCGCACCUUCCAGGACCCGGCGCUGAACGUAUUGUGGCGUAACCAGCUAACACUCGGUCCACUGAUAAAAACCCUUCCAAAAAGCGCCAUAAAUGAAGUAAUAGAGAACGGCCUCCCAGAAUAUCUAUAUCAUCAUCUGAGCCUCAAGCGUCCCCUGAUGGACUCAGAUUGGGCAAGGUUCGACUCAUACGCGGCACGAAUAAAGAGUCUGGGCUUUUACCUUGUAGAAUUUGAAGAUCAGGAACAACACUCCUGGGAGCAGGCCCAGCUUCAGGACAACAGCGAACGUCCCGUCUCACGGGAGGUUCUUGCACAACUUGCCUUUUAUCGUCGAAGGCAAUUCUUGCUUCCCAACCUUGUGCGUCUACGCUGGACGUACCUUGAUAUACGCUACAUUGCGUAUAUUCCCAUGUUUCUGGGCCCGAACCUGACGAUGCUUUCCAUCGCUUUCCAUCCCCCCGACAAUCGACGCAGCGGCGAUGAUUGCACCCCGGAGAUGUACGAGGAACUAGCACCUAUAUUAGAGGUGCUAGUCGAGGCAUGCCCUUCGCUGAAACACCUGGAAAUCUGGCCCGAACAAGAGGACGAUGUGACAGAGCUGAGCCUAGUGUUCGCCUACGGGUGCCCGCGCCUCGAGGGGUUCACCGUUGCUAGCCCAUCGUUGUCCAAGGAUGUCCUCCUGCUCCUCGCCUCGAAGCCCCUUCUCCGCAACUCUUUCCUAGCCGCUGACGAGGAAGCCGUAUCAGAGCUGCAGUUGCUAAGGUCGGAAGCCCUCCGUUAUCCCUUCCCCUCACUCGAGACGCUACGAGAGCGAUGCAACAAGGCGACGCUCCAGGUCGUCAACAUCAUGACGCGCGCAAAACUGGACUGGUCGCUCACCUCGGAAGAGGAUGCGCUUAUCAUCGACAUCAUCAGUCCCAUACUCGACCUCUCGGGUCUGCGCAUCUUCAAGAUCGACAUUCCUCUAAUGGGACACAUCAACGACGAGGAGCUCAUGCUUAUGGCCGAUUCAUGGCCUCUUCUCGUCGACCUUCGUAUCCAGGAGUCUUGGGGGUUCAACACGGCGUCUGAAAUCACCUGGUCCGGAGUCGCCUACGUGGUAUAUCGCUGCCCACAGAUUAUGCACCUCUUCGUCGCACUGGACAUGGCGAGCGAUAACAUCGAGGAGGUAACCGGCAAGCCCGACUUCAAACCCGCCCCGUAUCUACGCCACUUGCACGUCCUGGACUCCGACUUUUGCGACCCCGAAUUCCUUGCACGUUGCGCGCACAAGUUAUCCCCGGUCAUCGUCGAGAUAAUAGGAUACGGCUGGCACGAGAUCAACGAUGACGGAGAAGACCUGCCGCCCGCCCAGGACCCUGUUGCGUUCUUCGAGACCGCCACAGAGUUUCUAUGGCAGAUGCAAUUCCCGGACCGCAAACGACGGAGCGAGGCCGAGGACAUGAACCCUUGGGGCGUUAAUCAGAUAGUCGAGCCUUGGGUUACCGGGCCUCCAACCUUUACCGUGGUUGAAGAUGACGACAGAACACCCCUUAUACCCAACACAGUUCUUUACCUGGAUUGA